AUGUUCAAGUUUUUGGAUCUUGGAAUGACUGUGCUCGACAUGAUAAGAAGGAAAAUCAUCAGAUUAAAACGAAUACGACAACAGAGAAGAAAGACUUUCGUCGACGCCCCGGUUUGCAAACAAUCUGAAGUACUGAUAUUAAGAGAAAAUGAAGAGUUUAAGGUAUCAAAGAGCAACGAAAAACUUACGUGA